GCAACAUAACCUUUAGGCUCAAUUAUGGUCACAAAUCAAGGACUAUCUGUAUUUGGUUUUUUGGUUGCAUUAUAAUAUUUCUCAACCAUGUGAGCUGGGAAUUAUGGGUGUCGGUGUCUAAUAAAUAUACAAAAUGAUUAUUUACCAUUUGCUCCUCCAAGAAAAUGACAUUUUAUUAAACAUCUGCAGUAUAUUAAAAUUAGCCUUUUCAUCAAAUAUUCAAGUAAAAUAUAUGUUUUUGCUGUUUAAUAGUUCUCAAGGGAAGAUCUAUAAUUGUGUUACAAUUAUUUAAUUGCUAAAUGUAACAUAAACAAGCAAAAUCUACUUUGUGGAAAGCUGCUAUAUUUACAGUUAAAUAUCUUAUAGUCAUAAAUAUUUUAGACCUAUAAGUGGUCUUUUGUUAACUGCAUCUCCACAGAGUACAAUAAUCCACUUUUUCUUAGAAUCAUGUUCGAUGAUUUGGUUUUGUUUUCCUUUAGAAGAAAUGAGAUAACUUUCACUCUCUAGGGUCUUCUUUUCUAAAUCCCUAGAUGAUAUUAGCUUUGCACUCUACAUAAUUAAACUGCACUGCAUAUAAUUACCAGACUGUUAGAAAAAUACAAGAGGCGGGAGACUUCUAUAGCCGCGUAUUAUUUCUUUCUUAUGCAUAUGUAGUGUAUGUUCCCAGGGCACUUGUUUUAAUCUCAAUAACUGUCUGUAGUAGGAUGGGAAGAGAGAUAAUGACUAGCCUAAAAUUACUCAGGACAUUCAGGGUGAAGGAAGGACUUGAAUUUGAUCUUUCUCUUCACAGACUAACGUUCAGCUUUUUCUCAUCUGGCUACAGGGACUGCAAUCUCAGAAUUCCCAGCUGAAUUCCCCGUGACUAUACUAUAGAAACAAGAACUGUAGGCCCUUCCACCUGAAUUUGUCUGCUUCUAAUCUGUACCAUUCUCAAAGGAGCACUUGCUGUGCAACCAAAGCAAAGCUUGACAUUUUCCACUACAGUGAGUACUUGUAAGAUGGAAAGAGUAAGGCAAAAAUUAUCAGGAGAAAUUUCAGGCACGUCUUUAAUAAGGCCUGCAGCUUUUUAAAGGAAAUUGAGGGAUAUGAACAAUUAUGCUAGGAGUGCAUGGCUGUGUCUGGUUUUUUUUAAAAGACUUCCUUAAUGGCCAUCAUUGAUGGAACUUCCUAGAGUUACACUCAAAAACAUUGGAAGAAUUUUUUAAUUAUUAUUAAUUAUUCAAAAAACCUGGUUAAGGCAAUGCUCAUGUACCUGGGCAUACAGAUAUACUUUCUGGCUGUGAAUGUACAUGCAGCGGGGAGCAGCUUGCCCUUUAAAUAAUAGCUUUAUCAGCCCCAAAGUCACCUGAAUGGACAGCCAAAAGUAGAAGUGAUAAACUGAUUGGGAAAGGAAGGAGUAAUGGCAGCACUUUCCAGUCACUGAAGGGUGCAGUAGACGCAAAACAGAGUUAUCUCACAACUGCAGUAUCUAAGGGAGGAGCAAGUUCAGGCUGAGGCACCUCAUCCCAGUCCAAAAUCGCCUCCACUAAUACAAAUCUGAAAGGGAAGACUACAUUGUUCCCCUCAGUCAAACCUUUAGAUCAGGAGUCCCCAAACUUGGUAACUUUAAGACUUGUGGAUUUCAACUCCCAGAAUUCUCCAGCCAGCCAAGUUUGAAGACCUCUGCUGGAGGUUAACGUGAUUUUUGCAAUUACUUUCACUGCUCUGUGCCAGCUUUUAACCAGUCCUUCCCAUUGUUCCCAGUUCUCAUUCAACGUGGUUAUGCUGAUUGAGAAUGCUUCGUAUUGGCAAUAUACUAGAGUACCUGGCUGAAGAAGACUCCUAGGAAGGUUACUGGGGUAUUUGUACUUGAGGCUUGGAGAUGCUAGUAUAGUGCAACGCGAAAAGGCAAACGCACCCUGUUCUCUAGGAGGGUACACUUUACUCCCACUCAUAACAAGCUUCCUUCCUUUCCCACAUUUUGCAGGACUGAGCGACUGAGUCGACCUUCUGCUGGCCUAUCGUUGUGGUCUUGGAUUUGAAGGGCGAGCAUUAACUUGGUCACACUUGUCGCUCCGUCUUCUCCACCGAGACACGUCCCUUCGCGGUGCAAUCGGGUCUGGGGAAUAUUCUUGAGAAGAUGCGCGCUUUCCCAACGCUCCUCUAAGUCUGGCUUUGGAGGUCUAUUUUUAAAAAACGUCAUCUCCAUUUAUAGCUCAGGCAAAUACAUUCGCAAGCCUUUAAUCCCGCUCAUCGGAUUCUCUGAGCCCGACGUUCAUUUUUCUUUCUCUCCCGUCUACGUGUCUGCCCUCCAGGCGUCGGGGCUUUUAUUUUUCUCAGGGCGGUUCUGGGCAGAGAUCGGAUCCGAGUGACUUCGCCCCGCGCCUCCAGUCGCCUCCCAGGGCGCUUUUGUGAGCGAAGAGCCUCCUUGCAAAGUUAGCAGUAGCGGGGAAAAGGACGGCGCUCAUUUUUCCCGCCGUCGGGGGGAAACGUUGUCCCGUGGAUGUUUUGCGAGGGUCGGCGUAAGCAAUUCAAGGGCCGUCUGUCCUGCAGUUGACUCCUUCCCUUCCUACGUAGCUCCUCCGAGCGGCCGCUCGUCACUCGCCCGCCCUCCCGUUCUCAGCAUGGUGGAUUUGUUCAGCGGGCGAAUCCUCGUGAACCUGGACGGCAGCUUCGUGGACCCCGAGCAAGCUUUGGAGAACAAAAUCGUGGGCUUGUACUUUUCGGCCGCUUGGUGUUCCCUCUGCAGGGACUUCACCCCCACGCUGUGCGAUUUCUAUAGCGAAUUGGUGGAUGUCGUCACAAAUCCGGCCCCUUUCCAGAUCGUCUUCAUCUCGUCCGACCGCAGCCGGGAAGAAAUGUCGAGCUUUAUGUACAAGAUGCACCCGGGCUGGCUGGCCUUGCCCUUCCACGACCCACUUAAGCAUGAAUUGAAGAAGAAAUACAACAUAACAGCCAUUCCCAAACUUGUGAUUGUUAAACAAACUGGAGAAGUAAUUACCGAUAAAGGGAGAAAGCAGAUCCGUGAGAGAGGGCUCAACUGCUUUCAAAACUGGCUUGAGGGGGCUGAUGUCUUUCAGAAUUUUUGUACCUGAACCAAAAUAGUAUUUUCAGACUUCAACAAAACAAUAUCUUUGCUAUCUGCAACUAGACUUAGAGGAGAAAUUACAUUCUCCUUUUUUAAUGUUUGACUUGCUUAAUUCUGAAUCCUAUAUGACUGGAAUAAUUAGACAUAGUGUAUCUGAGUCUUUCAUAGUUCUCCCUUCUAUAUUACUGCUAUUUAUACUUUUAUUACA